AUGCAUGAUUGUCAGGAAGUACUGGCCGCAGCACACGGCAGUAGGCCAGAUCUGAUGGACCUGCCCUUCCCUGAUGCUGAUUUCACCUGGUUCACGGAUGGGAGCAGUUUCCUGGAGGAAGGUAAGCGUCGAACUGGGGCAGCCGUGGUAGACGGAAAACAAGUCAUAUGGGCAGCGGCGCUACCACAAGGGACCUCAGCCCAACGAGCUGAAUUAAUUGCCCUGACGAGGGCAUUAGAGAUGGCAGAGGAUAAAAAAGUAAACAUCUACACAGACAGUAGAUAUGCGUUUGCUACCGCUCAUAUCCACGGUGCCAUUUACCAACAGAGAGGGCUACUAACUUCAGGUGGCAAAGAAAUUAAAAACAAAGACGAAAUCGUGGCUUUGUUGACUGCACUCAUGCUUCCUACUAAAGUCAGUAUCAUCCACUGCCCUGGACAUCAAAAAGGAAAUACCCCAAUAAUUAGGGGAAAUAAUAUGGCUGACCAAGUGGCCCGAGAAAUAGCAUCGGGAGAAGUCAUUUUAGGACUGUCAGAUAAAGUUCCUGAAAAACCAGGCCGCGAUGGAGAAAUCAUCCCGGCCACAACAAAAGGGACUUUGUCCCCUCAGCAAGCAGAAUCCAUGUUACAACAGAUGCACAGAUGGACACAUUUGGGGACUAAAAAGAUGGUAGCCUUGUUACAAAAAGCCGGGUACGAAACCCCUGGAAUGACAAAAUUAGCUGAACAAAUUGUGCCAUGUCAACAGGUAAAUGCUCACAAAGGGAAACUUGAAACUGGAAAGAGACUCAGGGGGGACCGCCCAGGAACUUACUGGGAGGUGGACUUUACCGAAGUGCGUCCUGGAAGGUACGGUAAUAAAUACCUUUUAGUUUUUGUAGACACUUUUUCAGGAUGGAUAGAGGCUUUCCCAACAAAGAAAGAAACAGCUGCUGUAGUAGCCAAGAAGAUUUUAGAAGAAAUUUUUCCUCGAUUUGGAGCACCAAAGGUAAUAGGGUCUGAUAAUGGUCCAGCCUUCGUCGCCCAGGUAAGUCAGGAUGUGGCCAGAUAUUUGGGGACUGAUUGGAAAUUACAUUGUGCCUAUAGACCCCAAAGUUCAGGUCAGGUAGAAAGAAUGAAUAGGACUCUAAAAGAGACCCUAACUAAAUUGUCCUUGGAGACUGGCGGUACCGAUUGGACGGUGCUCCUUCCUUUGGCCCUAUUCCGGGUUAGAAAUACACCUUCCCGAUACCAUCUUACUCCUUUUGAAAUAUUAUAUGGUGCCCCGCCUCCCCUCCUCACUUUAGGAAAAGAAAUAAAACCUGAUUGUCAAAAUAACACUGACUUAUAUGCUAGGCUACUGGGACUCCAAUUGGUCCAGAAAGAAAUAUGGUCCCAACUCGCCGAGGCCUACCAACCGGGAACACCGGGAGAAACUCAUCCUUUCCAAGUCGGAGACUCCGUAUACGUCCGUCGGCAUCGAACCCAGACGUUGGAACCUCGAUGGAAAGGACCAUACACCGUCCUCCUCACCACCCCAACGGCCAUAAAAGUGGACAGCAUCGCUGCCUGGAUCCAUGCUUCACAUGUGAAGGCUGCACCAGCGACGGCAUCAUCAGGAUGGCGGGCCCAAAGAACCGACAACCCGCUCAAACUCAAGCUUCUACGAACCUAAGACUUAUAAUUUUGGUUUUACUGCCUUUACUGACUGACUAGGAAUAUCUGCCGGGAUAGGAACAGGAACCACAGCCCUCAUACAACAACCCCAGUAUUAUGCAAGUUUAAGACAGGCUGUAGACAUCGACCUUCGAGCAUUAGAAAGUUCCAUAACUCAACUAAAGGAAUCACUCACCUCACUUUCAGAAAUGGUGUUGCAGAAUAGAAGAGGCCUAGAUUUGCUGUUUCUUAAGGAAGGGGGAUUAUGCGCCGCUCUAAAAGAAGAAUGUUGCUUUUAUAUUGAUCAUUCAGGAACCAUUACCAAAACCAUGGAUAAACUAAGGGAACGCUUAGAUAAAAGGCAAAGGGAGAGAGAGAACGAAAAAGGAUGGUUUCAAUCAUG